UUGUCUUGUUACCUAGUAUUCAUUUCCGUUAGGUUUCUUUCCAAGUUUCAAUCCUUUUGUUUAUCCAACCGAAGGAAACGAUAUUCACUCACCCAUUUAGACAACAAUCAUCAACAGUGCCAUAAUUUCGAUCACUUUUUUUCCUCAUCAGACUUAUCGCCAAAAUCUAUACACUUUGAUUUGUGUGCUCUGCAUCACCACAAACUCUCUGCUAUCAAUAAUAAGAAUAAGAGCCUCCAAUCAUCUUUAACUAAAUCUACUGUAAAAAUCCUCAUCCAAAACUGACAUACCCACAUACCCAAUUGCCCAUUUGGAUUUCUCUUGCAUAGUUUUCAAUGGAGAAAUCUGGGUAUGGCCGUGAUGGCAUUUUCAGAUCUCUUAGGCCACCUCUGGUCUUACCCAGAGACCCAAACCUCUCCAUGGUCUCUUUCCUCUUCAGAAACUCCUCUUCUUACUCAAACAAACCUGCCCUCAUUGAUGCCGAGUCUUCUGAAACCUUGUCCUUCUCUCAGUUCAAGUCCUUGGUCAUCAAGGUCACCCAUGGCUUACUCCAUCUGGGUAUUAAGAAAAACGAUGUUGUUCUCAUUUUUGCUCCAAAUUCAAUCCAAUUCCCCAUUUGUUUCCUUGGUAUUAUUGCAAGUGGUGCCAUUGCAACCACUUCCAAUCCUCUUUACACUGUCUCAGAGUUGUCCAAGCAAGUGAAAGAUUCAAAUCCCAAGCUUGUCAUAACUGUUCCUGAAUUGUUUGAAAAGGUCAAGGAUUUCAAUCUCCCAGCGGUGAUUUUGGGGUCACAGGGUGCUUCCCACAUUGCAUCAAGGUCAAAGAUUCUAACUUUCCAUGAUUUGGUUGAGUCAGCUGGGUCUGCCUCAGAUUUCCCAAUGGCCAAUAUUAAGCAGACUGACACAGCUGCGCUUUUGUACUCUUCUGGUACAACAGGCAUGAGCAAAGGGGUAGUUUUGACACAUAAGAAUUUCAUUGCCUCAUCUCUUAUGUGCACAAUGGAACAAGAAAUGACUGGAGAAAUGCACCACGUGUUUCUUUGUGUUUUGCCAAUGUUUCAUGUGUUUGGGUUGGCAAUUAUCACAUAUUCACAGCUGCAAAAGGGCAAUACUGUUGUGUCCAUGUCUAGAUUUGAUCUUCAGAAGAUCUUGAUGGCUGUUGAGAAGUAUAAGGUGACCCAUUUGUGGGUUGUGCCUCCUAUAGUACUUGCCCUGGCAAAGAACAGUGCGGUUAAAAAGUUUAACCUUUCUUCAUUGAGGCAUAUUGGUUCCGGGGCAGCACCUCUGGGGAAAGAGUUGAUGGAGGAGUGUGCCAAAGUUAUUCCUCAAGGUUUAAUUGCUCAGGGCUAUGGUAUGACAGAAACCUGUGGAAUUGCUUCAGUGGAGAAUACGCUAGUAGGGCCUCGGCAUACUGGUUCAGCUGGCAUGCUUGUUUCAGGAGUUGAAUGUCAGAUAGUCAGUGUAGACACCCUGAAGCCUCAGCCUCCUAAUAAGUUGGGAGAGAUAUGGGUUAGGGGGCCUAAUAUGAUGAGUGGGUAUUUCAACAACCCACAGGCCACCAACGAGACAAUAGAUAAAAAUGGUUGGGUACAUACAGGAGAUCUUGGAUACUUUGAUGAAGACGGACAACUUUAUGUAGUCGAUCGAAUCAAAGAGCUCAUUAAGUAUAAAGGUUUUCAGGUGGCACCAGCAGAACUUGAAGGGCUGCUAGUUUCUCACCCUGAAAUAUUAGAUGCUGUUGUCAUUCCGUUUCCUGAUGCCGAAGCUGGUGAGGUUCCGGUUGCAUAUUGUGUACGCACUCCAAACAGCUCACUGACUGAAGAAGAUGUCAAGACUUUUAUAGCUAGUCAAGUUGCGCCUUUCAAAAGACUACGAAGAGUAACAUUCAUAAACAGUGUCCCCAAGUCAGCAUCAGGAAAAAUCCUACGAAGAGAGCUCAUUGAUAAAGUACGGUCCAAGAUAUGAGAUUGAUGGUUCCUCAUUCUAAUGUUUGCUUUGGUAAGGCAGACUAGCCAGCAGGGAACACAGCAUGUUCCUUGCACACGCUUUAAAGUUGCAGGUAUAUUAAGGUAUUCAGUUUGGUUGCCAUUCUUUUUAUGGAAGAAGAGCAGGAUGUAGCUCGAAAUACAAAUAAUGAAGGAUUCUGUUCAACCUCUGAGCAAUAAGUCUUUGCAUUAACAUUAUAAGAGCAUUUUCAUUAUGUUCAAAUAGCAACUCUCAAUUUACAUAAAACAAUAUAUAGCAAUAAGUCUUUAGGUGAUUUCUUAUAGCAAUGUCUUUAUGUAUUGUUGAAUUCUGAAUUGCUCAAACCGGCCAAAGCCAAUUCGAGCAGUUUGACUAAAUGUGUAAUCUUGGAUUGAAUUUAAUCAAACUGCAAUUAUUUCGUCUCUA